GUACAAGCGUUGCAAGCGUCGCAGAAAAAUAAGCUUGAUUUUCCGAUGAUAUUCCCAUGUCAAUUCCGCCGGUGCAGGGGUCCCACUUGGUUGCACUGAAGGACGCCACUUUUUUUCUUCUGCUGCUGCUCUCUGCUGCUCGAAAAAGGCCCCUUCUCCCAACUGCUUUUGUUCCCUUUGUUUUGAUGUUCCCUCCCCUUGCGUCCCGUCUUGUUCAGCCGAACAUCCCCCCUCCCCAAAGCCAAGGCUAUAAGCUCCGGCCAAGCAGACCAAGCAUUAGCUGGGGUCCUUGGCCUCGAAUUUGGCUUUGGAAAAAGCGAGAUGGAUGGAUUGUUCGUCAACAACAAGAGCCAACAGGAACGAACGAAGGGACGGACAAACUGACUGCCCGUCCGUGUGACACCCACUUUCUCUUGUCUCUUGUAGGCUCGUUGGGAGAGAAUCAAAUAUUGCUGCGGCCAAGCCGACACGGUUCGCGUUGGUUAUCUCUAUUGCCGAUUGCGUGACUGCUGACCAGUGUUGUCGUCCUUUGACACGGGGCUCGUUGGGCAAUGUACAUACCAUACACACUGCACGGCAUACCUGCUACGAAGCGGUAGCACAACAUCAAGGGAACAAGCAUACCGACAUGGUUGAGGGUGACAGCUGUGCGAUGCAAGUCAAAGAAAAGGGUGGUUGCUUGCCUGGAUGACUUUGACUUGACUGACUGAUGUCCGGCCCAAGCAAAAAAAGAUCGAUUACCUCUUUGACUAGGUAGGUUAAACCAACCAACAACCUAACGACCAACUUACCCUACCAACAAACUCUCCGGUUAUUCGCCUGUUGCACUUUGUGUGCCAUCAUCAUGUGUCUAUCCAUCUGGCCAUCGAUCCCGUCCAUACACCAGGAUACUUGUACAGCAUACGGCAUGUAAAGUGAAAGCCUGCUGCGAGGCGCUGACUGACGGGAGAUCACCACCAACCGCUGCCACCACAGGGCAGGGCACAGGGAGCGCGGGCAACAAGCGUAGACAAAUGUGGUGUAGCUUGCAGCGAGUUCAAGUACCGACCCCUGAUUUUGAUUAUAUUUUGAAGGUGACUGGGGGGCGAUGUCGUUGGUACUAAUCAACUAACGAUACA